AUGUUGGAGCCAAUUAGAGCAUCAUGGAAGGAAAAGGAGUUGAGUAUUGUUUCAGAUGGAUGGACUGAUUCUCAAAGAAGGCCCCUUAUUAAUUUUAUGGGAGCAUCAGAAGCUGGGGCAGUGUUCUUGAAAGCUGUUAAUUGUGAAGGUGAGCAUAAAGACAAGUUUUUUAUUUCCAACUUAAUUAGUCAAUCAAUUGAAGAAGUUGGACAUCAGAAUGUCAUUCAAGUCAUUACAGAUAAUGCUCCCGUGUGUAGUGCAGCUGGUUUACUCAUUGAAAGUAAGUACCUGAAUAUCUUUUGGACACCAUGUGUAGUUCACACAUUGAAUCUUGCUCUUAAGAACAUUUGUGCUCCAAAGGAAACAGGGGGUACUGCUUUUGCUUAUGAUGAAUGUCACUGGAUCACACUUUGUGUUGAUGAUGUGAUGUUUAUCAAAAACUUCAUCAUGAACCAUUCCAUGCGGCUAGCUAUUUUCAAUGAAUUUGUACCCUUGAAGUUGCUUGCUGUUGCAGAUACACGUUUCGCAUCUGCCAUUAUUAUGCUCAAAAGGUUUAAACUUACAAAGCGUGGCCUCCAAUCAAUGGUUAUUAGUGACCAGUGGGUUUCUUACAAAGAAGACGAUGUUGGGAAAGCCACAUCUGUGAAGGAAAAAUUAUUGAAUGAUGUGUGGUGGGAUAAGAUUGAUUACAUUUUGCCUUUUACAUUGCCUAUCUAUGGGAUGCUUAGGUUUUGUGACACUGACAAACCAUGCCUUCACUUAGUCUAUGAAAUGUGGGACACCAUGAUUGAAAAGGUGAAGGCAAGCAUCUUUAGGCAUGAAGGGAAGCUAGAUCAUGAGGAAUCAAUCUUUUAUUCCGUUGUGCACAAUAUACUAGUUGAGAGGUGGUCCAAAAGUAACACUCCUCUUCAUUGCCUUGCACAUUCUUUGAAUCCAAGGUAUUAUAGUUCAGCGUGGCUUGAUGAAAAUCCCAAUCGUGUCCCUCCUCAUAGGGAUGAAGAAAUUUCAAGUAUGAGAAACAAGUGCUUCAAGAAAUACUUUCCAAAUUUAGAGGAGAGAAGGGUUGUAAAUGUGGAAUAUGCCAAGUUUUUAGGAGGUUUGGAUAUGUUUGGAGAUUUUGACUCAAAGAUUGAUAGAGGGGUAUUGGAUCCACUUAUUUGGUGGUUUACACAUGGGUCUCUUGCUCCUAUGCUUCAAUCUUUAGCAUUAAAAUUGCUUGGCCAGCCAUGUUCCUCAUCAUGCUGUGAAAGGAAUUGGAGCACCUACUCUUUUAUUCACUCCAUGAAAAGAAACAAAAUGACACCACAACGUGCUGAAGAUUUGGUUUUUGUGCAUAACAAUCUUCGUCUCCUAUCAAGGAGAAGUCGAUAGUACA